AUGGAUUUAGAAGACUGGCCCCGAUUCCGCGAGCGUGUCAUUCGGAGACUUGAAGCUGAGAUGGAAAGGAACAGUCAGAAUGUGUCGAAUUUACCGUUGCCUGGCAAUGCAUGGCAGAUCGAAGAGUACGUCUUCGUAAAGGCCAUGUCAAAAGAUGAAUACCUAAGGACGAUUGAGAAGGUGAUCAGCGCUAUAAGAAAGCCAUUCUCCAUCAUCGAAUCAGACUGGCCUUCAUCCCGAUUUCGCGAGCUUAUCAUUCAAAGACUUGAAGCUGAGAUGGAAAAGAACAGUCAGAAUGUGUCGAAUUUUCCGUUGCCUGGCAAUGCACGGGAGGUCGAAGAGGACGUCUUCGCACAGUGUCCGACGAAAGAUGAAUACAUGUGGACGAUUGCGAAGAUCAUCAACGGAAUCAAUUUGGCAAGGAAACCAGCCGAGGGAUCUACCCCUAUGACAGCCGCCGACGUACCCGCCAUCCUCCAGCGCAGGAAUUUAAAAAAAACAGCGCAGGAAUUUGCUGCUCCUUCGGCUCCUGUGUCCGCUGGAACUCUAGCAGCACACCUAGCUGCACUUAACAUUCUGUAA